CACAUUAGUUCUAUAUAAAGACAUUACAAACUAAAAGAAAAAGUAUUCAAUUGCAAAUUUUGAAGUUUAUAGAAUAUCAAAUUAAUACUAGAAGAGAAGUUAUAAUUAAUCAAAAGAGUUAACAUGGCAAUUUUUGAAAUAUUUUUUAGUUUGUUCUUGUUUGCAAUUAUACCCAGCAUUGCCCAAGUAGAUGCAACAUUUUCCAAAAGCAUGUAUAUUACAUGGGGUGCUCAACAUGCAUCACUUCAGGGUGAUGAUCUCCAACUUGUGUUGAAUAAAACUUCAGGAUCUGCGGCACAAACAAAAAUACCAUUCUUAUUUGGAACUAUUGAAUCAAGAAUCAAACUAGUGCCUAAUAAUUCAGCAGGAACAGUUACAGCUUACUAUCUAUCUUCCACAGGAAACCAACAUGAUGAGAUAGAUUUUGAGUUCUUAGGAAACAUUUCAGGACAACCUUAUACAAUCCAUACAAAUGUCUACACACAAGGAAAUGGAAGCAAAGAGCAACAGUUUCAUCUUUGGUUUGACCCUUCUACUGAUUUUCACAACUAUACUAUCCAUUGGAACCCUACUCAAAUUGUGUGGUAUAUUGAUAGUAUCCCAAUUAGGGUAUUUAGAAACUAUGAAAAUGAAGGCAUUGCAUACCCUAACAAACAAGGAAUGAAGGUUUACACAAGUUUAUGGAAUGCAGAUGAUUGGGCUACUAGAGGUGGACUUGUUAAGACAGAUUGGAGUAAUGCACCAUUUACGGCUAAAUUCAAUCAUUUUAGAGCUAGGGCUUGUAAGUGGAAUGGAGUGGUGAGUAUUAGCCAAUGUUCUUCAAAUGUAGCUGCAAAUUGGUGGACUUCUCCAACAUACAAACAAUUGGGUUAUGCUCGAUUGGGUCAGAUGAAUUGGGUUAGGAAAAAUUAUAUGAUCUAUGAUUAUUGUGGUGAUACUAAAAGGUUUAAUGGAAAAAUGCCUAUGGAAUGUUUCAAGGCACAAUUCUAAGGUUGAGAAGGAAUUGCAUGAUAGCUUGAAGGGGGUGUUUUUUUGUUUUUUGUUAUUUGUUUGGUGUUACAAUUUUGUGAUUUGAUUUGAUUCUUGUUUUUCAAGAAGUGGAUAAUAAGAUGUUUUUGUUUGUUUAUUACAAUUUAAAA